AUGGAAGGACUAUUUGAGGACAAAUUAUACAACCAGCGUCCCCUCACAGAGUCGGAAAAGGGAUAUAUCCUCAGCGAAAAUGUCUUGAUUGGACUAGCUCGACUGAGGCAGCUUCGAAGACAGAAUUACUCCUGUGCAGGAAGAGCUGGAUUUUGGAGUUACUUUGAGAAUUGUCUGCAGGAAUAUAGCCUUUCUAGUGAAAACCGACAGCCUUUCGGCCUACAGAAAGAAACUGCGUUUGUGUCUGUCAAUAAAAAUAGAUGGAUCUACCAAACCUCCGAAAUUCUGGGCGGAUUGGCAACCUCGGGGACGAUCGUGAAAUUUAGUGGAGGGGGAUACGUCCAGGACUUGUCCUCCACCAAAGUUGAGUCAAUGAAGCUUAUAACUUCCUUGGAAAAAAAUUCCUGGAUAGACCGACUGACUGCGGGUGUUUUGAUAGAGUUUACAAUAUACAACGCAAACAUUAACCUGUUUUCUGCCGCCGUGUUCGACGAUUUGGUGGCCAUAAACCUGUUCGUAAUUUGGAUAAAAGUAUUUCCUAAACUGAGCGCAGUUUUCAAAUAUGUCAGCUUCAACAAAACUCUGGCCCAGUUCUCCGAGACCAUUUCCCGCGGAGCCAAGGACAUUGUCGGGUUUUUUGCCAUGUUCUUCAUUGUUUUUGGAGCCUUCGCACAACUUGCAUAUUUACUUUUUGGCUCUAAGUUGGAGACCUUCAAGUUUACUCAAUUCAGAGUCAUCCUCGGGGACUUUAACUACUAUGAACUAGAGUCGGCCAAUCGAGUUUUGGGACCAAUCUAUUUCUUCCUUUACGUGUUUUUUGUGUUUUAUAUUCUGCUGAAUAUGUUUUUGGCAAUUAUCAACGACUCUUAUCAGGAAGUCAAGGACGAAAGCGGUGAUAAAACAAACGAUUUUGAAAUCGGAAAACUCAUCCGACAAGUCCUUAAUUCACUCCUAACUUGUAGAAAUACCGCCAACUCCUCAGUCGCUUUCAGAACGGGACCAAUCACAUGCUCCACUUAA